GUUUAUUAAUUGCAGGGUGCUCGUCCAGGAGACAGUAAAGGAGGACAACGUGAAGUGAAUUCACACCUGUCGUGAAGCUUCACCUCAUCCAACGCAGAAAACAUGUCAAAGGGACCAGCUGUCGGCAUCGAUCUCGGGACCACCUACUCCUGCGUUGGAGUGUUCCAGCAUGGCAAAGUCGAGAUCAUUGCCAACGACCAAGGCAACCGGACUACACCCAGUUACGUUGCGUUCACCGAUACCGAGAGGUUGAUCGGGGAUGCGGCGAAGAAUCAGGUGGCCAUGAACCCCACUAACACAGUGUUCGAUGCCAAGAGGCUGAUUGGUCGCAGGUUUGAUGAUGGAGUCGUUCAGUCCGACAUGAAGCACUGGCCGUUCACAGUCAUCAAUGAUUCCAGCCGUCCAAAAGUCCAGGUGGAGUACAAAGGCGAGACAAAGACCUUCUACCCAGAAGAAAUUUCCUCAAUGGUCCUGGUGAAAAUGAAGGAAAUUGCUGAGGCCUACCUUGGAAAGACUGUUACGAACGCUGUAAUUACGGUUCCUGCCUACUUCAACGACUCUCAGCGCCAGGCCACAAAGGAUGCUGGGACCAUCUCUGGACUUAAUGUUCUGCGUAUCAUCAAUGAGCCCACAGCUGCUGCUAUUGCUUAUGGCUUGGACAAGAAGGUUGGCUCAGAAAGAAACGUCCUCAUCUUCGAUCUUGGUGGUGGCACUUUCGAUGUCUCCAUCCUGACCAUUGAGGAUGGAAUCUUUGAGGUGAAGUCCACUGCUGGUGACACCCAUCUCGGUGGCGAAGACUUCGACAACCGCAUGGUCAACCACUUCAUCGGUGAAUUCAAGCGCAAGUACAAGAAGGACAUCAGUGACAACAAGAGAGCUGUUCGCCGUCUCCGCACUGCCUGUGAACGGGCCAAGCGCACCCUGUCUUCCAGCACCCAGGCCAGUAUUGAAAUCGACUCCCUGUACGAGGGCAUCGAUUUCUACACCUCCAUCACCAGGGCUCGUUUCGAGGAGCUGAACGCCGAUCUGUUCCGCGGCACCCUGGACCCAGUGGAGAAGUCUCUCCGCGACGCCAAGCUGGACAAGGCCCAGAUCCACGACAUCGUCCUGGUGGGCGGCUCCACCCGUAUCCCCAAGAUCCAGAAGCUGCUGCAGGACUUCUUCAAUGGAAAGGAGCUCAACAAAAGCAUCAACCCUGAUGAGGCUGUGGCCUAUGGAGCAGCUGUUCAGGCCGCCAUCCUGUCUGGAGACAAGUCCGAGAACGUACAGGACCUGCUGCUGCUGGACGUUACUCCUCUGUCACUGGGCAUUGAGACAGCUGGUGGGGUCAUGACCGUCCUAAUCAAACGCAACACAACCAUUCCAACCAAACAGACGCAGACCUUCACCACCUACUCCGACAACCAGCCUGGGGUGCUCAUCCAGGUUUAUGAGGGUGAGAGAGCAAUGACCAAGGACAACAACUUGCUGGGCAAGUUUGAGCUGACUGGCAUCCCCCCUGCUCCUCGUGGCGUUCCCCAGAUCGAAGUCACCUUUGACAUUGAUGCCAAUGGCAUUAUGAACGUCUCAGCUGUUGACAAGAGCACCGGCAAAGAGAACAAGAUCACCAUCACAAAUGACAAAGGUCGUCUCAGCAAGGAGGAUAUUGAGCGCAUGGUGCAGGAGGCAGAGAAAUACAAGGCAGAAGACGAUCAGCAGCGUGACAAGGUCUCCUCUAAGAACAGCCUGGAGUCGUACGCCUUCAACAUGAAAUCCACUGUGGAGGAUGAGAAGCUGCAGGGGAAGAUCAGCGAUGAGGACAAGCAGAAGAUCCUGGACAAAUGCAACGAGGUCAUCAGCUGGCUGGACAAGAACCAGACCGCCGAGAAGGACGAGUUUGAGCACCAGCAGAAGGAGCUGGAGAAGGUGUGCAACCCCAUCAUCACCAAGCUGUACCAGAGCGCCGGUGGGAUGCCAGGGGGAAUGCCAGACGGCAUGCCUGGCGGCUUCCCGGGGGCGGGGUCUGCGCCUGGAGGAGGCGGGUCCUCUGGACCAACCAUUGAGGAAGUGGAUUAGUGGGUGGAGCCACUGCAUGGUCCAAUAUUUAUAUACAGGGAUCAAUGUUAUGUAAAGAAAGGUUUACCCCCUCUGUGGCAUGUUGUGAUAAGUUAUACUUUCCAAGAACCUCAGUCACUCAGUUACUGGAAACCGUCCCUGAAUUUAAAUGUUUAGUUUGUACUUGCUACAAUAAAUGUGCCACAGAGUGUAAAUUAAAAGGGAGUAAUGAGAAUAAUAAAAACAUUGACUAGUUGUUUGCUACACCACUGUAAUAAGCUGUCUUUUUUUCAUAAGUCGUAUUUAUGUAAAUUUGGCCAAUCUGUGGCAUUUGCACUUGCAACGUUAAUGCUUGAAAGUUAUAAAAAUAAAGCAUAUAUGGUAAACUAUCA